UGACAUUGCCUAAUCGGUGAGACAAAUAUAUCACUCGAAGCGGCGCUUACAUGCAUGCCCCGCCCUUCAGUCCAUUGAUGCGCCGGAGUUGACCCGCCCCCUGCCAUAUCUACUCAUAGAUGCGUAGUAGCGAGACGUCCUCAUUUAGGCCUACACGGAGCGCGCUGCAUUUCCGCGGACUGUUAUAAUUGCACCUCGCCUAUUAGAAUAGAUACAUAUUUCUACAAAACAAUGUCAGUAAAGCGGAGUCCACCCAAAACAUCCAGCGGUACUUCUCAAAGAAGGGACCAAAAGACGCCACAAGACUCGGAAACUGUGUCAGAAAUGAAAGAUAGUGACUCGGCCCCCGGUCACCACAUGAUUACGAGGCAUAAACGUAAACACGGAGAGGUGGAUAACUCGGAACUAAAGGAGCUUCUAUGUGACAUGCAACGCAAACAACAAGCGGAGUUUUCUUCACUUAAGCAAGACAUGGAUACCAUCAAACAACAAAACCUAGACUAUCAGAAAUCCCUGGAGUAUUUGUCCGAUAUGUAUGAUUCCCUCCUCCGCAGGAUGGACACAGUGGAGAAAGAAAACUUAGCAUAUAAAACACGCAUAGCGAACCUUGAAGGUAAAGUUGAACAACUGGAGCGCAACCUUAAGGCCUCCUCAAUUGAGAUCAGGAAUGUCCCGGUGUGUCAGACAGAAAAUAAGUCGAGUUUGCGAGCCCAUCUACUACAGCUGAGUGAUGUUAUAAACCUGAAUAUUCAAGACAAAGACAUUCGGGACGUCUUCCGUAUCAGAAAAAAAAAUAAUUCAGGCCCAAUCAUAGCUGAAUUUACAACCAACUCCCUAAAGGAAAUGUUCAUUAAAUCGUCUAUAGAUUAUAACAAAGAAAGACCGAAAGAACAAAAAUUAAACACAUCACAUCUAAAAAUAGAAGGGAAACCGAUGCCAAUCUACAUAACGGAUAACUUAACUACAAAAACCCGACGACUUCACUUCCUAUCCAGAGAAUUUGUCAAAACUCACCAAUACGCCGGCUACUGGAUUGCCUACGGAAAAGUGUACCUACGGGAAAAGGAAGGAAAACCUGCACUACGCAUCGACUGUGAAGAGGACCUGGCUAAACUAAACCUAAAAAAAUGACUAUCUGUAGGGUCUAAUGUUCGCUUUAAUACUACAAAUAUUAGUUAUUUUGUCAAUUGUUAUUAUAAGAAACUAAUUAAAAUACUUACUGAAUCACUCACACAAACAAACACACCAUAUACAUUAAAUGGAAUGCACAUAUUUAUUUAUACAUUUAAUCACACAACUACACUAUCAUUACACUACACAUUGUUACAACUUAAUUGUUAUUCGUAUUGU